CCUACUCUGCCUCUUCCCGCCCGCCCGCCCGCACCAAAGAUCCUACAGCACCGGGUUCCGAGGUGUUUGGUUCUUCCCACCGAAGCUAAGGUCGAGUUUUACCCGGCAACUAACACCGUCGAACCCCGCAAUAAGCACCGCGCCAUGGCAUCCACGUCCGAGCUGGCGUGUAUCUACAGCGCCCUGAUACUGCACGACGACGAGGUCACCGUCACUGAAGACAAACUUAAUGCCCUCAUCAGGACAGCUGGAGUUACUGUUGAGCCUUUUUGGCCCAAUCUCUUUGCUAAGGCCUUGGCAAACAUUGACAUCAACAGUCUGAUCUGCAAUGUUGGUGGAGGUGGUGGUGGCGGCAGCGCUCCUGCUGUAGCUGCAGCUUCUUCCACUGUUGCUCCUGCUGCGGAAGAGAAAAAGGAAGAGAAGAAACAAGAAGAAUCUGAAGAGUCUGAUGAUGACAUGGGCUUUGGUUUGUUUGAUUAAAAAGUGCCAUGAAAAAUUUGUUAAAAAUAAAAAUAUAAAAAUUG